GCCAGUCGCAAUUUUCCGUUCGUGGCGAGCACACGCGUUUGCGCAAAAAGCCGGCACUCGAAUUUCGAAUCUCUUGGCCUCUAGAAGUAGUUGGCCAAAGGCGAGAACUAACUGUCAACAACUGACUUAAACUCCGAACGAAAACAACAAGUGCCACUAACAAUUAGCUGAAAAGUGAUCCCCGGCUUCUUGGGUUCUUGGCAGGUUCGUUUUUUGCCGCAGGUGAAAUUUCGGUCGUGCCGGUUGACUCGACAUUAGCUCGACACCUUCAACGAUUUCCUACAUCCGAUAUUUAUAUUUCUCUUACUCCCCCGAAACCGACUCCGUGUGUUAAGUAACCCCCGCCAAAAUCGCGCUAAUUGGGUUGAUUUUGGAUCGAAAACUAAAUAUCAAGUUUCAAUAUUUACCGUGUGUUCGCGAAAUCGGACAGUCUGUCACCUGCGGAAGCAGAAAGAAAUCCAUAUACAAGCAUAUAUACUCGUAUAUAUAUAUUUUGGGCAUCGGGCCAGCAUCGGUGGUGAAGUGAGCUUGGAAAGCAGGGAGUUCUGCCUAUUUGCAUUUCAAAUUGCUGGCGAACAUCUAAGAACGAUUCGCCGAUUCUGUUGUGAAGACGUCUUUUCCAUCAGCCCGUCAUCCGGAAGAGCGAUGUAAGAGUGGCCUGAGCGAACACUGUACAGAGCAAAAUUCAUCUUAUCCCCGAAAGUAAGGAAAGAAACCCGGCAUUAACAAUCAUCAAGAAGCAGGCAGCAGGAUGUGUGGCAGCCAUAAAAUGUGGUGCUGUCAAGUAUUUAUCUUAGCUUUAUUUGCUCACACAAUUGCGGCGGACUUCCACGGAAGUGCAGCUCGCGCCGAAAUAAGCUUCGAAGGUCCCUCGCCGUCUCACAGUCAGGAUGCAGUUGCUCCAACUUCGAGGCCAAAGCGCCGCGUAUACGCAUUGUGUCCACCGAAAUUUCAUCGCGUUGGCACCGAUUGCUACUCGCUGGUCGAUCAGCGCAGCAGUUGGCUGGAGGCGCACUUUUUCUGCAAGGACAAAAACGCGAAUCUCACAGAGCCGGGCAAACACGCCGACCGCAAGCUGAGACUUUUCCUGCAGAAACAGGAUGCUCUAUCAGGCGAAAAAGACCCAAUCUGGCUAGGAGCCACCUAUGACCACCACAACAACCGAUGGCAGUGGAGCAUGAGUGGCCGCAAUCUGUCCACCGACUCCUUCAGCCGCACUGAUCCCGCCUAUGUGCAACUUAUCUCCAACAGCCAACCGCUGGAUAAUAACUGUGCCAUCUACGAUCCAAGCCUCAAGUACCGCUGGUCGGCGCGACCAUGCUCGGAUAAGUUGCGCUUCAUAUGCCAGCACAAAAUGCCAAAGGUGAGCGCUCCCAAUCGCUACAAGAUCUAUAACCGCUGGAACGCCACCUAUCCAAAUGAGCAAGCCAACGAGGUGGUACUGGAGAUCCUUGAACCGCGUGAGAACGAUCGCAGGUACCACCGCCGUGUGAAGGCCGAGGACAGUGACGAAGAGAUGAUUAUUCCCGACAGACGACGCAAUAACAAUCGUCGCAACAACCACAGGAGUCGUCAGAUCAAGAAUCAGAAUCAGCAUCCAAACGAUGUGAACUACCAGCCCUUACAGCAUCGUCAAAGAAAUCGUCCUCGUACUUCUACUGUUGCACCAACCACUACGCAAUCGGUUAACCAAUCAAAUGAUGUCCAGGCUCCCUCGCCCACCCCUCUGCAGAUGACCCAGUAUGAUCGCAAAUUGCAACGCCAACGGGAAAGGGAACGUCGCCGACAGCUACGUCGCGAAGAACGCCAGAAAUUGGCUCGGGAGCAAAAGCGCGAGAGGCAACGCCGUCUAAAGGAGGAACGCCAGCGAUUGCAGCGGGAAGAACUGCAGCGGCGGCAGCGAGUGCAGCUAGAUGAGCCCAAACCCCAAGUGAUAGAUGAACUGCGUCAGCGCUCUGAUGAGGAUUUGGAUAAGAAGCAAAGGGAUGAACAGGAAAAGAAACUAAGGGAAGAUCUGCAGAAGCAACGCGAUGAACAGGAAAAAAAGAACAGGGCGGAGCAGGAAAGACUUAAACAGGAGGAGGACGAACAGCAAGCCAGGAAGCAACAGCAACAGGAAAACCAGGAGCAGCAACUACGCGAGCAGCGCGAGGCCGAGCAGCAAAAGCGUGAACUCGAGCUACUGAAGCAACGGCAGGUGGAAGCAGACCGCCAGCACGCAGCCGAUGAGGAAGCAGGGAAGCUAAGGCUAGAGCGCAUUCAAAAGCAACGCGAACUGGAGGCACAACAGCGACAAGAACGCGAAGAGCAGCGCCGCAAACAACGCGAGGAACAAGAGGAGCAGGAUCGCCAAAAUCAUGCCAAGCGUCUGGCUGAGGAGAAGCGACUGCAGGAUCUGUAUGCCGAGCGCAUAAGGCAGACAAAUAGCGAGCGGGAGAGGCAAUUGGCCGAGGCCCACGAAGCCAAGCGACGUGAGGAGCUGAGGCUGCAAGAGCAGCUUAAGAAACAGGAGGAUGAGAGGCAGGAGCAGAUUCGACGAGAGCAAGAGGAGGAGGAAAAGCGCCUGGAACUGGAGAGGCUUGAGGAGGCACGCCGCUUCGAGGAGAAGGAACUGAAGCGCCUGCACGAGGAAAACCAGCGGCGCGAGGAGCAGAAGCUCCAGCGCGAGCGGGAAAUAGCACUCCGUGAGGCCGCGGAGAAAAAACUAGCUGAGGAGGAAGAAAUGCUGCGCAAGGAAGUGGCUGAAGAGGAACGCACAGUGAAGAAGCGCCUGGAAGAUGAUAUUCGUCGGGCGGAAGAAGAGCGUAAAGCCAAGGAGACGGAGGAACGGGCUGCCGAAGAGGCUAAGCUUGCCGAGCAGAAGCGACGCGUGGAAGCGGCCAAAAAGAAGGCCGACGAGGAGGUGAAGGCCAAGUUGGAGGAGAAGAGGCGUGAGUAUGCUAGUCGAAUCUCGGCGCUGAGUCCUGAGGACCAGAAGAAGUUCAUCGAGAUGCGCAAACGGCGCAAGCAGCUGAAGGAGAAGAAGGAACGUGACCAGCGGGCAAAGGAACUGAAGAGGAUACAGCAAGCCAUGCGAUUGGACGAUAACGAGUAGAAGUCCAUAGAUGUCCAGGCGGCAGUAAUAUCACCCCGCACUAACCAAUACUAACAGAGACAUAUCGAUCACAAUUGGUUCCACAUACGCACCGUUGCCCAGUCGAUCCCUUUUCGGUUGUUUUCUUUGUGCUUUAAUUAAAACAAAACACAAAACGAACACGCAAAAGUAUUAUUUACCAGAAGAGAAAGGAGAAUGGAGGAACAUCGCUGCGAAGCGGAUUUUGUCGGUUAUGGGGAAUCAAAUCAAAUUUCAAUUUCAAUUGCAUUUCGAUCGAGCAGGAAACCCAACCUCCAUGCGCUUCGCUAGCUGUUUUAGUACUGUACAGUAAAGAUAUACUAUAUAUAGGUCUAGGAUAUGGACGCGCAACAUACUCACACAGCCCACAGGACACAACGUAAACACACGGCAAGCAGUCACGCAUGCUUCCUUAAUAACCGAACUAGAAGUUAGCAAUCAAUUUUAGAGCCAAUAAACGCCACACACACGCAAAAUCAAUUUUUAAACUCAAGCACAGAACCACGGAAAUAUAUUUAUAGUGAGUAAAACGUAAGUUUGAAUGGAAAACUCCUUUGGGUCAAAGCCCAGCAGUGUCCAAGUCCAAUGCCUCCCCACACUCGUUUUGCCUAUAGUGUCCUCGAAUCGGGCACAGCGAAGCAAUAAUUUACUACUAAUAAUCUUUUGAUAUAAUCAUCGGAUGGUCACUGGCCAUUUCCUAACUUCUAGAUUACAAAACUAUAUUUUACAAAGAUGUAUGUAAUAACUAAAGUAUGUUUAAAUGUAAAUUUUUAUGUAUUUUUUAAUACCUCAAACGCGAAAAGCAAAACAAAAAAAAGUAAAAAAACCUCGAGCGCAACUUUCAGUCCUUUUUGUUUCGUUUAAAGUUGAAAUUGAAAGCUGGCAAGGACGGAAAUGAAAACGAAAGGAAAAGCAAUUUUACAGCCAAGUAAAUGCAUUUUAAUAGUAAACUAACCAAUUUUAAUUAUUACUUUACACACGGAGAAACAUAAAAGCGAAUAAAACUAAAUAGUCAGUGAAACGUUAGCAAA